AUGGCCGCCUCGUCCUCCUGCAACAUGGAAGACGACGAGAGCCUGAAGGGAUGCGAACUCUAUGUCCAGAAGCACAACAUCCAGCAGAUUCUCAAAGAAUGCAUCGUCAACCUCUGUAUCGCCAAGCCCGACCGGCCCAUGAAGUUCUUACGAGAACAUUUUGAGAAGCUGGAAAAGGAAGAAGGCAAGCAGAUCCAGGCUUGGCAGAAAUCGGGCUCUCAGGCAGACUCCCAUGAUGACGAGAUUUCUCCUCCGCCACCGAAUCCGGUGGUCAAAGUCCGGCGUCGGCGAGGGGGCGUCAGCGCCGAGGUGUACACCGAAGAAGAUGCCGUUUCUUACGUCAGAAAGGUGAUACCAAAGGACUAUAAGACCAUGACUGCCCUGGCAAAGGCCAUCUCCAAGAACGUCCUGUUUGCCCACCUUGAUGAUAACGAGAGAAGUGACAUCUUUGACGCCAUGUUCCCCGUCACUCACAUUGCUGGGGAGACGGUCAUACAGCAAGGUGACGAAGGAGACAAUUUCUAUGUGAUCGACCAAGGAGAAGUGGACGUAUAUGUCAAUGGAGAUUUGGUCACCAACAUCAGUGAAGGCGGCAGCUUUGGGGAGCUCGCGCUCAUCUACGGGACGCCAAGGGCCGCGACCGUCAAAGCCAAGACAGACCUGAAGCUUUGGGGUAUUGACCGAGACAGCUACAGACGCAUUUUAAUGGGCAGCACAUUAAGAAAACGGAAGAUGUAUGAAGAAUUCCUCAGCAAGGUCUCCAUUUUGGAAUCACUGGAUAAAUGGGAACGACUGACGGUCGCCGAUGCCCUAGAACCUGUCCAGUUUGAAGAUGGAGAGAAAAUUGUGGUGCAGGGUGAACCAGGGGAUGACUUUUUCAUCAUCACAGAGGGGACGGCAUCUGUCCUUCAGCGCAGGUCCGCUAAUGAGGAGUAUGUGGAAGUUGGGCGGCUCGGGCCAUCGGAUUACUUCGGAGAGAUAGCCCUUUUGCUCAACCGGCCCCGGGCUGCGACCGUGGUGGCCCGUGGGCCCCUGAAGUGCGUCAAACUGGACCGGCCUCGCUUUGAACGAGUACUCGGCCCGUGUUCGGAAAUCCUCAAGAGGAACAUCCAGAGAUACAACAGUUUCAUUUCUCUCACUGUUUAAGUUCUUUCCGUCUGGGGUUCUGUUGCCUUUACGUUAAAACUCGUGCACUUAAAAAAAAAAAAGUCGACCCGUGCCGUUCCAUAGCUUUAUGAAGAAAACAGGAUGUGU